GCAAGGCAAACCAACCUUAGGAAGUCCACGAUCCCUCAUGUUUGAGGCACCAAAGUCAGCACCAGAAAACGCGCAGUUAAUUACUCGAGCAUCUCCUUCCCCGUCCUCCUCUCAUUUACCACAAGCUCCAUUUUCACUUUCUCGUGAACAUCCGCGUCACCAUCUUCUUUUUUUCUCUUCGAGCGCACGCUCUCCCAUGACAUCAGUCUUGGCCAAUCGUGGCCUUCGUCAUAACGCCAGGUAGCCUCAGCUCUCGCCAGUAGCAUGUUACUGGUGCUUUGAAUGUGCCCCUCACCAUGUCUUUGAGUAUCGCUUCUACCGUCGCCCGUCGCGGUCGGCAGCCCAAGUCCAUCCGGCCCGUCGCUCUCGGCUCGCUUGGGAGCGCCACCGUCUCCCAUGGCAAUCGGCAGCAAACACGAGGUUAUAAGUUCGGCCGCCUGUCGUCCUACCUAGAACCUUACAUCCGCCACCAUUCCCACAGGUAUCGCGAGGAUUUCUACCGCCGGCGAGCGUGGGACAACCAAUCUCUGGCCGAAUAUGCCAAGUCGACGAUACAACGAGUUGUACACAAUUACUGGUCGCCCGAAUGCCGGGGUCGCUUCGGCGCAGGGCGUUAUCUUAACACGGAUGCCGCUCCCAAGAAGACCCCGGAUAACCCCACCGGUGUCCGGCCGGGGCAGAAUAUCGAGGACGCCGAGAGGGGCCCUCUAGAACAUUUACUCUUCGGUGAUGCGAAGAGCCAGUCGGCCAAGAAUACCGGCCGGUCCGGCCAGGAGGACGCGAACUCCGACUAUGUCAUCGAUCCGAUCACAAACCGAAAGGUUCCCCGGAAGACAGUGGACACGAGCUACUCCACCGCGGACCGAGGAGCGGAGAUUCCUGUCAGGACCACCAUGCCGUAUCGUUCUCAGUUUGGGUCGCUCAGACCGCCCGAAGUCGACAAGACCCGGACUCCCGUCUUCUCUGACAGCCCCACGUCCGGAACACAGAAGCUUCCUUUUGUCAAUCACUACGGCACGCCUCAUGGUACCCUCCUGGACACGCUUAACUUGGAGCACAAGGAAGUUCGGUGGCACCGGGACGAUACCAUUGCGUCGGCCACGUCCAUGGCCGCCUCGUGGAGCCGUUCGUCGGAUGUUCCCGAGUAUCCGGACUUGCAUCGCUACACAGCCGUCAGAUACCAAGAACCCGACGGCAAGCCGGCGGAUAAGCAGUCAGCACAAAAGCCGGCAGAUCUGGCCAAGUACGGCCCCGUCAGAGCUCACGAGCCCGACGGAAAGUACAAAGCCGAGUCAGCAGCACCGGCGAAACCAGAAGACUUGGACAAGUAUGGCCCCGUCAGAGCUCACGAGCCAGACGGAAAGUACAAGAUCGAGUCGAAGGCGGCUGUCGAGCCACAAGAGCUGGACAAUCACGGCGUCAUCGAGUCCCACCAGGCAGAGGCCGAGGCGAACGACCGGGCCGAGUCCUCCGUGAGUUCCGAGGAACUGGGGAAGUACGGCGCUGUACGCAGCCAUGAGCCGGAUGGCAAGUACAAGCUCGACUCGGAAUCUCCAGUGAAUCCGGAAGAGUUGGCCAAGUACAAGGCCGUGCGCAGCCAUGAGCCGGACGGCAAAUACAAGCUCGAAUCAGAGAGUUCCGUGGAUCCGGCAGAAUUGAAGCAGUACGGGGCUGUGCGCAGCCACGAGCCGGACGGCAAGUACAAACUUCAAUCGGAGUCGUCUGUGGAUCCCGAGGAGUUGAGGAAGUACGGAGCUGUGCGGAGCCAUGAACCUGAUGGCAAGUACAAACUCGAAGCUGAGGGUACCUCCUCCGUGGAUCCUGAAGAAUUGGCAAAGUACGGGGCUGUGCGCAGCCAUGAGCCGGACGGCAAGUACAAGGAUGCGGCCGAGUAUAUUGAGACCCCGGACGAGGCGGAGCUGGCAGCGUACCGGAAGCCCGUUCUCGCCCACGAGCCUGACGGUUUGUACGCCGCGAACCACGUUCAGCCUGAGUACGACGCCGAAGAGCUGGCCAAGUACCAACAACCUUUCUUUUCCCACGAGCCCGACGGCAAGUAUGCAGCUUCUUACGUUGAGCCGCCUAGGGACGAGGCCGAACUCUUCAAGUACGGUGCCUUCCGCAGCCAUGAACCCGAUGGCAAGUAUGCCGCCAACUACAAUGAGGAAAAGCCUGAUCCCGGCGAGCUGGCCACGUACGGACCCUAUCGAAGCCACGAGCCGGAUGGGAUGUACGCUCUGAGAAAUAAUGUUUCAGUCUCUCCAGCCGAAACCCAACGAUAUCGGGCUUUCCGCAGCCACGAACCUGAUGGCAAAUAUGCUCCCGAGGCACAGGCGGCUAGAGAGGCUCAGGACCUCGCCAACCAUGAGGCUUUUACCUACGAGGACGCCGAAACGCGGCCGUUGCCUCGAUCUGAACCAAAAGAGCUGCGCAAAUACCAGGCCGUGCUGUGGAGUGAACCCGACGGGAAGCCUGUCGAGACGGAUGGCACUGGCCAGACCCUCGUGGAGGACAGCCCCAUCGGCGACACCGCCAAGCAGGAGCAGAAACCUUUCCGCAGAAAGGUACAGGAACUGAUGGCCCAGGCCGCAGCCGAAUCUGAUGCCUUGGAAGCGGACAAGCAAGCCACCCAAGAGGCCAACAUCAAGAACAAUCGUGACCAGAAGCGGAGACAUUUGACGGGAAACUACGUCCGAGACUUUCCAGAGGAGUUCUCCAAGUCCUGGGCAACCGAGAUUCCCCAGGCUUCCUCUUCGCCUCUGUCACUAGAGCAAAAGUCCUCCGAAAGCACCAUUCAACCCGCGCUGGAUCGCUACAAUAGCAAGGACUCGGGGGAUGGGCGCUUAUCCUCCUCCAGGAAAUCCGACCCCACCUCGCCGGUCCUCUACAAAGUUCUCGUCUACGACCCCACCACGGAGUGCAUUAGGACUGCCGAAACGGCGUCCACCGUCCGCGAGAGCACCGCCCCGCUGACGCCAGCCGAGAUUCUCCUCCGCAUCUCCAACCCGGCCAAGUUCUUCCCGCACUUCGGGCCUCUUCAGGCCCAGGGCUUUGAGAUGGUCUCGGGGAGCGGGGACGUGCUCAUUUUUCGCAAGGUGCGCGAUGCCGUCCCGGCUGCUGCGGAAGCCACCAGCAGCACUCCACACGCGUCCGCGGCCGCCGCAGCACCCAUCGGCGAAGAGAGGACCCCCCCUCCCGCCGGGAUCGUGGGCAGGAAGGGGAAGCGGAGUCUGCCCAAAAAGGUUGCCAUGGGCGCGGCGUGCCUGGCCGGGAGCGCGUACUCCGUUGGGGUGGUGAGCGAGUACUUUAGGAAUGGCGGCAUCGAUGGAACGGGGCCGAAGGGUUUCUGAGUCGCUUGCUUGGGAGUUUCUGGGAUGUUGGUUUUCCACGGUCGACUUGGCAGCGCGAUUGCUCUUUUUUCUUUUUUCUGAUCUGUGUUGGUUGCAUAUCGGUUGGUCGGUAAGGAGUUGCUUCGUUUUUUUUUUGUGGGCACACACGAGGCACCAUGGAGCAUGCGGUUAUGCGUUUCGGUCAUUGUUCUUUUGUGUGGUUGAGACGGAAGGAAGGAUAGGCAUUCUGGCGUCAUACUCUCGCUUAUACACUA